UCUCAUUGCCACGUGUAGCUAGCUGCAUGUCUGGAUUCUUCUAUAGAGAAAGGACAGAGGAGAGUAUUAUCACAAGAGGAGAUAGAAGGAUUGAGUGAUGGCACAAAAGAUAGAUCCAACAAAGAUCAGUCAGUUGAGAGAGUUUGUGAGAUUGUGUCGAGUACACCCCGAGGCCCUUCACCUCCCCGAACUAGGAUUCUUUAAACAGUUCAUUGAAGGUUUGGGUGGUACUAUUCCUCCAUUACGUACUAAGGAGCCAGAACAAGAUGAGCAGACUCCAAUGGAAACUGAUCCACUCCCUAAGCCUAAACCAGCCCAGAUGAUGGACACAUCGCAAGAAGAAAGGGGAUUAGCAAUGACUGCAAUAUCUGAUGGAGAUCUAGAGAAAGCAGUAGUCCAUGUUACAAAUGCAAUAUUAAACAAUCCAAACUCGGCACUUCUUUAUGCCAAAAGAGCAAGUAUCUAUGUUAAACUCAAGAAACCGAAUGCUGCCAUUAGAGACUGUACUGAAGCGAUUAGGAUGAACCCUGACUCCGCCCAGGGCUACAAAUGGAGGGGAAAGGCUCACACGCUAUUGGGUCACUGGGAAGAUGCAGCCAGGGACCUUCAAACUGCCUGUAAACUGGACUAUGAUGAUGAAGCCAAUGAAAUGCUUAAAGCUGUCAAACCUAAAGCUGAAAGGAUCAGAGAACACAAGUUGAAGUAUGAAAGAAAAAAAAGAGAAAAAGACAUUGAAGAGAGAAAGAGACGCAUUCAAGAAGCUCGUGACCAAGAAAGAAAACAAAAGGAAGAACAAGAGAAACAAGAAAGAGAGAGAUUUGCUAGAAUGGGAGGAAUGCCAGGAAUGGGUGGAAUGCCAGGAAUGGGUGGAAUGCCAGGAAUGGGUGGAAUGCCUUUCGGUGGAAUGGGAGGAAUGGGUGGGAUGCCAGGAAUGGGAGGUGGUGGUGGUGGUCCUGACUUGGGUAGUCUGUUUCAAGAUCCUGAACUAUUAGAAAUGAUGCAAGAUCCUGAAGUCCAGACUGCAUUCAUGGACAUACAGAGGAACCCAGCCAACAUCACCAAGUAUCAAUCCAAUCCAAAAAUACAAAAAGUAAUGGAGAAGAUAUCAAAUAAAGUUGGAGGAACGGGAGGUGCCCCUCCAGGGGCAGGGGGAGGUUCCCCCUUUGGAAGCACUCCUCCCGGAGGAAUGGGAGGCUCCUCUCCUGCUGCCGGGGGUGACAGUAUGGGACUAGAUUAAACUGAUAGUUGCCAUGGCAAUGACAGCGUGUAACAUUAUUGUGUUGAUUAAAACAAAUUUAAUUAUCCUUUAUUAAUUAAUGUUAAUUAAUGAUUCAUUUUUGUUCUUUGUCUUGGUAAAGUGAAUG